UGUAAGGUAACGGUUGGGCCUGAGAAAUAAACUGAAGGCAAGAGAUAAUGGUAGGCCUUCAAAACGAUAAUAAAAAUAAAAACCAAACUCAUUGCUAUCGAGUCGAUUCCUAUUCGUGGUGAACCCACAUGUUACAGAAUAGAACUGCUCCAUGGGGUUUUCUUGGUUAUAAUCUUCAUGGAAGCAGAUUGCCAGGCAUUUCUUUCACGGCACCACUAGCUGGGUUUGAACUGCCAACCUUUAAGUUAGUAGAUGAGGGCAAACCAUUUGCGUCACCCAGGGAUAAAAAAAAAUAAAGUGAUCAGUCAGACACAGUGAAGAGAAAAAAAGAUAAGUGGUUAAAUGUGGAUGGGCAGGACCUGAUGAAGUGGUGCCUUGGGUACAGGUGGGUGGGGUCUGAUCAUGAGGGUGUGGCUAACAGUUGAGGGUGGGGCUAAGACUAGAGUGACCUACCUGAUAGAUGAGUAGACUCUAAAGACCAGGGCCAUGGACACACAAAAUGUGAAUGAGGCCCUUAGCAAAGGGAGCCAGCCAACAGAUAAGGAGCAGAGUCUAAAGUUAGAGAAGGCAGCCACAAGGAUUCAGUCAUGGUGGCGUGGCAACAUGGUGCGCCGGACGUUACUACACGCAGCACUCAGGGCCUGGGUCAUCCAGUGCUGGUGGAGGUCAGUGCAGGCCAAGAUGUUGGAGCAAAGACGGCGCCUGGCACUGAGACUCUACACCUGCCAGGAGUGGGCGGUGGUGAAGGUGCAGGCACAGGUUCGAAUGUGGCAGGCCCGCAGAAGGUUCCUCCAGGCACGCCAGGCGGCCUGCAUCAUCCAGUCUCACUGGCGCUGGCAUGCCAGCCAAACCAGAGGUCUGAUCCGGGGCCGCUAUGAGGUCAGAGCCAGCCGGCUGGAGCUCGACAUCGAAAUCCUCAUGACCUAGGGGCGCUGGCAGAGCCAAGGAGACUGGAUCUCCUGCCCAAUAAAGACAUUUACUGGCCACAGACUUGCCCACUGGAGAUUAGACCCAUGGAAGAGGGCU